AUGAAACUGGGUGCAACGUCCCUUGAAUUAUGGACUCGACUUAAGGAGAUAUUUCAUGAUAACAAGCAUACUAGGGUUGUGUAUUUGGAGGAACAAUUUACAAAAACAAAACUUGAAAAUUUUGCAAAUAUGUCUGAUUAUUGUAAGCAAUUCAAGCUCCUCGCGGAUCAACUUGCUAAUGUUGAUUGCCCGGUCUCCGAUCGCAAGAUGGUUAUGCAACUUAUUGCCGGCCUCACUAUGGGUGAAUAUGACACGGUGGCUGCCAUUGUUUCUCAGUCCGAACCAACCCCAAGUUUUAACAAGGCUCACUCCAUGUUUAUUUUGGAGGAAACCCAACAAAAUAAGCAAUCCGAAUCCGGCCAACAUGCUCUCGUGGCCCAGCAUUCUCCGGCUCCGGUCUCCAGCGCAUCUCCGACGCCACACCAACCAGCGUCCGAUCCAGUCCGGCGGUGGUCGAGGCGGGGGAAGGGUCGUGGCAGCAAUGGUAAGUGGAAAGGACGUGGGAAAGGUCGUGGUAACAACAACAACAAUAAUCAGCAACAUCAAGGUUCUAGGCCCAAUGCAAAUCAAGCCCAGCAGGCCCCUCAGUGA